AUGCACCGUUCAAGACUAGGCAACCACGACCAAUCGAUCCCAUUUGGGGCACCCUCCUUCCACUUUGCAUUCACUGUUUACAUUCCCUUUUGUUUACUUCUACGCUCAGUCUGGGUGGCACUGGUUUUCGCGGGAGAGAAUCGACCCCCAUCACUGAGUGCUCUGGGUCCCAACCGAUCAGACCCCCUGGGCCUCUCGACAGCUUUUGGAAAUCCGGCUCUCGCAAGGGAGUUCGGAUAUCCACCAACACUCUGGAUGGAGCCAGUCCUCCUUGCAAGAAAUCUCGGUGCGGUGCAUCAAUUCUUCUUGUAA